GUGUUUAAUUAGUCGAAAGGUUUUAUUGGACUGGUGCAGCCAGUCGAUACAGACAUCAAUAAUCUGACACGUUGCGGAUGUGACGUCCCCCUUCUCUUGAUCAGCCUUUAGACCGUGUAGACCGCGAACUUAUACCAAGCCUGGUUUUCGAGUUCUGAUACAGCCAAAAGUCUGCCUUUAUCACCCUACAGUCUGGGGACAUGGCGAGAGGGACUUUAGUUCUCAGAGUAUGCGGAUCGUCCCAGACCGCCAGCGUCAACUUCUGUUUCGGCCUGGCUAUCGGAUUGGUCAUUGCCUUCGUAGUAGCCAGUCUGACGUCACUGCAGACGCCGAUGUUGAUGGCAAAAUACACUGGCGGUAUAGACAAGUUCCGGUAUACUGUUUCCGGCGGAAGUGACUCCAACAAAUCGUCCCCUACCAACGUCGUAGACGGGCAUGAAAAAAUACACCAGGAAGAGGAGAAAUUUCACGAGCAGAUGGAUAAAAACAUCGGCAAAGUGAAACAAGUCAACUUCGACGAUUCUCACUUUCAUAAAGAUAACGACAAAGUGGCGAAGGACCUAGAAAAGAAAAUCCGAAUAUUAUGUUGGGUGAUGACAAGCCCUCAGAACUUGGAUAAAAAGGCCAUUCACGUGAAACGCACGUGGGCCAAGCGAUGUAACGUUUUAGUGUUUAUCAGCUCCACAACAAACACAAGCUUCCCUACCGUCGGGCUCGACGUAUCAGAAGGUCGUGAACAUCUCACGGCUAAAACAAUGAAAGCUUUUAAGUACGUUUACGAAAAGCAUUUCAAUGACGCUGACUGGUUUGUUAAAGCAGACGACGACACUUAUAUGAUUUUAGAAAACCUUCGUUAUUUCCUACAGUCAUACUCACGUGAUGACCCAGUUUAUUUUGGACACCAUUUUAAGACCAUAGUGAAACAGGGGUACUAUAGCGGAGGAGCGGGGUAUGUCCUGAGUAAAGAGGCGCUCCGACGCCUGAUUGAAAAGGGUCAAGACCCAAAAGUGUGUCGUCAAGAUGGCGGCGCGGAGGAUGCCGAGUUAGGAAAGUGUAUGGAGAAUCUCGGUGUCAAAACUGCUAACUCUACAGAUGCUUUAGGGAGGAGUAGAUUCCACUGCUUCGACCCGGAAACACAUUUAUUCGGAGGAUAUCCAGAUUGGUACUAUAAAUAUGACGCUAAUGGUGCUAAGAAGGGAACAGAGAGUAUCAGUGAUUACGCGAUCUCAUUCCACUACGUGCCUCCCCAGAAGAUGUACGCACUGGAGUUUUAUAUAUAUCACUUACGUCCAUACGGGGUAGAUUCCGGACACCAGCAUCUCAACGUACCCGGACACUAGUCACAGCUCAUACCGUAUUUAUAUCAUAUCACGUGACAUUCCAGCAGUCGGAUACAAACUGCCUCAAAUGUACCAAUCUGUAAUGAGAAGUGUCCAGUGUAUGGCUAUCACGUUGCCGUCUUAUCCAGGUGUAAUGGCCAGACAUCCAAAGGACAUGCAUUUGGUGAUUUUGUUUGUCGUGUGUUGAGUGAGGAAACGUCGUGUGUGUGUGUUAGUGAAGUGAGUUUGUGCCUUGGUCAUUGUUUUAGUGUAAGGUACGUCUAUUGUAUGCUGUGUGUAUUUGUGCUUUGACAUUGUUUUAGUGUAAGGUACGUCUAUUCUAUGCUGUGUGUAUUUGUGCUUUGCCAUUGUUUUAAUGUAAGGUAAUUAUAAGUCUAUUAUAUGCUGUGUGUAUUUGUGCGUAAGAGGAACAUAGUGCAAAUAAUGAUUUUGAGAAUGAUAAGCAAAACUAUGCAUGCUUUAAUAUGAGUUACCUGUAUUUAAUGUUGAUAUAUAACUUAAGCUAACAAUUUGCCCACAAAUUGUCCUAGUGUAAGCUGUAUAUAUGUAAAGUUGAAGUGCCUUCUCAAUGGCUGGUUAGUAUAGCUCUUACCAAGCCAUGAACGAUGUACAAACUAUUCUUGGGGUUGUCUUAUACAUGUAGUAUUGUAUGGCCUCAUUCAACAGUAAAUGAUGAUCUGGAACGUAUGUACUCUUGAUAUGUAUGUGUCCUAAUGUACUUUACUACAUCGAUUUUUAAUUAACAAUUGUGUCUUCUCCGAUAAACGAAAACGGUUUUUGAGAAAAACUUGUGACAUACAAAGCAAUGUCAAGUCUGUCUUUUUGUUACUGUUGUUGGAUGUUUGGUCGUAAUUAAACUUCAGAAAUCGUUUUUAUCGUACUUGUGUAGUCUUGUGAGAACAUUCCCUUAGAAGAUAUUUUUUCCUUUUGAUUGCCUUUGUUGACGUUACCAUGCUAAUGUCAACGUUUGUGUUGACGGUCUCUGUUGACGCUACCAUGCUAAUGUCAAAGUUUGUGUUGACGGUCUCUGUUGACGUUACCAUGCUAAUGUCAACGUUUGUGUUGGCGGUCUCUGUUGACGCUACCAUGCUAAUGUCAAGGUUUGUGUUGACGGUCUCUGUUGACGUUACCAUGCUAAUGUCAACGUUUGUGUUGACGGUCUCUGUUGACGUUACCAUGCCAAUGUCAACAUUUGUGUUGACGACCUCUGUUGACGUUACCAUGCUAAUGUCAACGUUUGUUUAGACGGCCUCUGUUGACGUUACCAUGCUUAUGUCAACGUUUGUUUAGACGACCUCUGUUGACGUUACCAUGCUAAUGUCAACGUUUGUGUUGACGGUCUCUGUUGACGUUGCCAUGCCAAUGUCAACGUUUGUGUUGACGGUCUCUGUUGACGUCACCAUCCUAAUGUCAACGUUUGUUUAGAAGACCUCUGUUGACGUUACCAUGCUAAUGUCAACGUUUGUUUAGACGGUCUCUGUUGACGUUACCUUGCAAAUGUCAACGUUUGUUAAAUGUCAACGUUUGUUAAGUGUCAACGUUUGUUAAAUGUCAACGUCUGUUUAAGGAAUGAGGUGAUGUGAUGUCCAUUAUAACUAAUGCAGUCAGUUAUGUUAUAUAUGCAUCUUAAUGUUUACCUGACCAAUAUGACAACAUUUGAAGUGAAUGAAAUAAUUGUAAAGUUGUGAAAAUGAGAAAACAUUAUGCCAUGAAAUAUUGAUUAAAAAAUGUAAUUGAUAAACCUAUAUGCUAUCAGUUAUGUUUUAUAUAUGCACCCAGUGUUUACCUGACGAGUAUGACAACAUUUGAAAGUGUAUGAAAGAGUUGCAUAAUUGUGAAAUAAAUACAAACGAUGCUAAGAAAUGUUGGUUUAAAAUGUAAUUGUUAAAUUAUUUUAACCCUCUCUCAGAUAAUGUCACUGAUAUCUAAAAACUAUUUGGGGAAACAAAUAGAAUUGUUUUGCGCAUUGCCUCGAGAAAUCAGGAGAAUUUAAUCAAUUUUCCCGUUAUCAUUGUAAUUUGAAUUUCUACUUUUUUUAAUCUUUGCAGACCCGUUUUGCUUAACAUUAAAUACUGAUCGUAGUCCUUAAUUUCUAUGACCUUUUAAUGUUGAUAAGCAAUUUAUUUAAGACAUUUAUUUGUCAUCAAAAUUGUUUUUGGCUCCUUAAAAAGGAAUUGGAAAUAGUAAUAGUUUUAUCGUAACUAAGAAAGUUACGAUAAAAUUAAGUAUCGGGAAUUUCGAUUUUCCCAGAACACAUUUUAAGAUGUUAUGUUUUUAACGGUGACUUUGACUUUAAACAUAUUUUAUUGUCCAAAUAUUGGCACAAAAGGAUCAGGCACAAGUUAUUUCAACUUAUGAAGCCGUCUCCUAUUAACAUAACAAAUUUACAGACAAAUGACGGUGUGCAUUCGAAAAAGUAGGAUAUUUUUAAUCAUGAAACCAGUUUGACAUAUUUCGGUACUUUUUUCCUCCAGAAAAUUCCCUUUUCCUCUUAGGACAAAGGACUACAAAAACUGGUCAUUUUAUCAUUCAAUGUAUCGUUUGUCAAAGUAUUUUAAAUUGUACUACAUAUGUAAAAGGUUUUUGAUCUCAAUUUGUCAGACUUAAAUGAAAGUAAUUUCACAUGUUAUUUUCCAUUGAUGGAUGGCUUCAUUUCUCUCUUUUUUCUUGUCAAAAUACCAAGCGAAAAAAAAGAUUAUAUUUGAAAUUUUUUUUUCCCUUUCUAAAAAAAUAUUGUGAUUAAGUUAAAAGAUUUCACAUAUAAAUUACAUGACUAUAAAAAGCAAAUCACACGAUUAAGCAUAGAUGUGUAAACCACAAGUUGCGUGAUAAGAAUCACAAUAUUAAGAAAGUAAUAUAUAUCUCAUUUAACUGUUUAUUACUUUAUUCAUAUUCAUUUUCUUUGAGAACAUGUAACAUUUUAUGUAACAAAUACUAGUUCUGUUACAAGAUUGGGAAAUAUAUACAUAUCAAAUAUCGAAUGGGAACUCAAUUUAAUGUGUCUGAUAGGAAUGAAAUUAUCCUCAGACUGGUGUUUAUUUAUUGCGAGAGAGAUAUAUUACAUACAUUUAGCAGACGUACUGUAAAGUUUUUAAAUUAUAAAAUGAACUUUGCAUACAUUAUCUAGUUUAUAUGUCUCAGAAUGAACAGGAUUUUUAUGUACACCGAUAUAUAUCAUAGAUGUAUGCUCGGUGAUUCAAUGGUUAAAACCUGUUCGACAUGUACAGACUUAAUGUACCGUAAUUAUAUAAGUAACUCAGUCGUGCAGUACAUACAUAGGUACAUGCAAUCGUGAAACGUCACAUUGACGAUAAAUUGUCACUAACAAAUGGCGCUACUUUUGCUUAACAUGACCGACGUUAAUGAUUCAUUUCAAAAUUCGAAAAUAUAUUUUGAGAAACAACAUUUUUGUUGUACAUUAUUUAUUAAGAGAUGGAAUAUUAGAAUAAACAUGUUAU